AUGGAAGCCAAAAGGUUAAUAUCAAGUAUGGCAGCCAAUGGUCAACAAUUCGGUGAGAGACCGGAUUAUGCUCCUAGAAAAGUCAAUGAGGUGAGUAUUUCCUCUAUUGAACAACGAUUGGAUUCUCUAACCUCUUUGGUGGAAAAGUUGGUUGUAAGACAGGUUCAGCAAGCCAAAACAUGUGGAAUUUGCUAUGCUUCUAGCCAUCAGACUGAUACAUGUCCCACACUACAAGAUGAUCCAAAUGAAUAUGUGAAUGCAAUUGGCGGAUUUCCUGGCCCACCUCAAAGGCGAUAUGAUCCUUAUUCAAACACCUACAAUCCAGGGUGGAAGGAUCAUCCAAAUUUCAGUUAUGCCUCAAAGCCACCGGGAUUUCACCAACAGCAACCGGUUUCAAAACCAGGUAUAUCACUUGAAGAAAUUGUUAAAUCGUUAGCCACUAAUGCACAGCAAUUUCAACAGGAGAAGAGAGCUAGUAUUCAAAAUCUGGAGAAUCAAGUGAGCCAACUAGCGUCUGCAUUUAAUCGAUGGGAGUCUCAAGGUUCAGGAAAGUUGCCUUCACAGACUAUUAUCAACCCCAAGCAAAAUGUGAGUGCAAUUACAUUGAGGAAUGGCAAAGAGUUGCCACAACCCAGUCAGAGAAUUUCUGAGCAGGCCAUUGAGAAGGCUAUUGAGAAAGAAGAAGUGGCACCCAAACCUAAAGAUGUGCCGCAGCAAAAAUUUAGAGAUGAAUCGUCAGUAGUGGUGACACCUUCUCCUCCAUUUCCCAGUCGAUUUACAAAAUCUAAGAAGGGGCAGCAAGAGCAAGAAGUUUUUGACAUUUUUCGCAAAGUUGAGGUAAACAUUCCCCUUCUCGAUGCCAUUAAGCAAAUUCCUCAAUAUGCAAAAUUUCUUAGAGAAUUGUGCACCACUAAGAAAAAGUUAAAAGGCUGUGAAAAGAUUUAUAUGGGAGAAAGUGUUUCAGCGGUCCUACAACAGAAAUUGCCUUCUAAGCAUAAGGAUCCAGGUAUGUUUACUGUUCCUUGCAAAAUAGGGAAUGCUAAGGUCGAAAAAGCAUUGAUAGAUUUAGGAGCUGCAGUAAAUAUCAUGCCUCGUUCCAUUUAUAAUUCUCUGAAUCUUGGACCCUUAAAAGCAACAAGUGUCAUUAUGCAACUUGCUGAUAGGUCUAAUGCAUAUCCUGAUGGGGUGUUAGAGGAUAUUCUAGUUCAAGUUGAUAAAUUGGUUUUUCCUGCAGAUUUCUAUGUGUUAGAAAUGGAUGAUGAUUUCUCUGUUUCACCUCCAAUUUUGUUAGGCAGGCCAUUUUUAAUGACAUCUAAAACAAAAAUUGAUGUUUAUUCGGGGACCUUGACAAUGGAAUUUGAUGGUGAAAUAAUAAAAUUCAAUAUCUGUGAUGCCAUGAAAUAUUCUAGUGAGGCAUAUUCUGUUUUUGUUAUAGAUGAAAUUGACCCUUUCAUGCAGCAAAAGUUUGAAUUAGAUGGUAGAGAUGCUUUGAAGGAUGUAAUCAAUUGCAAUUUGGAUUCGCAAGAAAUGUCAAGAGUUGGAAAAAAGUUUGAGUUACACCCUGACUGA